GGCCUCUGGCUUGACCCGGAACUCUCUUUGGCAGCAGCAGCCAAGGGAGAGGGGCCCGCCUCGGGGAGGCAACAGGGAGGGGAUAAGCCAGCAUCCCCCACCCCCUCCGGACCGGGAGCAGGGGAGGAGAGCCACUAUCCCCCACCCCUUCGCAGGGCGGAGGAGCGCGCGUCCCGCGCCGGCAGCCACCUGCACCGAGAGCAUCUCCAGAUCCGUGCGCGCGAGAAUGCAGAUCCACAGGGGCUCGCACGCGGGCCUUCUGCUGCCAUGGGGCUGGGUGGCUCUCUGCCUGAUGAGUCUGCUGCAUCUAAACAACUUGACCUCUGUUGCCACAGAGACUUCUACCCUAGGAAUCCCUCCAUCAGUUACUACAAAUGAGUCCAGUGAGGAAAAUACUACACGUAACAUGCCUGAAAGUACCAGCGCCUGCUUUGUCCCUCAGGACAGAAAUGAGACCACACCAGCCAACACAGAGAGUACGGUCAACAUUACAGCUACCUCCGGGAUCCCAUCAGACUCUGGAACUACACACCCUGUAGUGCAAUCACAGACGUCCCCAACUGUCACAGUGCCCACCACUUCAGACAAUGUUUCCACUUCAGCGAUGACUUGGAAGCCCAGUGUGCCAUCUACAAAUGUUUCUGAUUACCCACCUAGUAAUACCAGCUCUGAGAUGACAUCAUCCACUGAACCAUAUGCAUACACGUCAUCUUCUGUCCCAGUUGCCAUCAAGGGAGAUAUCAAGUGUUCAGGAAUCCGAGAAGUGAGGUUGGCUCACGGCAUCUGCCUGGAGCUAAGUGAAGCAUCUAGCUGUGAGGAGUUUAAGAAGGACAGGGGAGAUGGUCUAAUCCAAAUCCUCUGUGGAAAGGAGGAUAAGGCUGAUGCUGAUGCUGGUGUCUGCUCCUUGCUUCUGGCCCAGUCUGAGGUUAGGCCUGAGUGUUUGCUGAUGGUCUUGGCCAAUAGCACAGAACUUUCCAGCAAACUCCAGCUUAUGGAAAAGCACCAAUCUGACUUGAGAAAGCUGGGGAUCCAAAGCAUCAAUAAACAAGAUAUUGGGAGCCACCAGAGCUAUUCCCGAAAGACUUUGAUUGCGUUGGUCACCUCAGGAGUCCUGUUGGCCAUCCUGGGCACCACUGGCUAUUUCCUGAUGAACCGUCGCAGUUGGAGCCCCACAGGAGAAAGGCUGGGUGAAGACCCUUAUUACACGGAGAAUGGUGGAGGCCAGGGCUAUAGCUCAGGACCUGGGGCCUCCCCUGAGACUCAGGGAAAGACCAAUGUGACCCGAGGGGCUCAGGAGAACGGGACCGGCCAGGCCACUUCCAGAAAUGGCCAUUCAGCAAGACAACAUGUGGUGGCUGACACAGAACUGUGACUUGGCUGGGUGGGCUAAACUGGGUAGUAUCCAGGAAAGCGGCGUCUCUGCCUCUGACCUCAUGCUGCCUUCUGCCCGUGUCCUAUCUUCUGCCACUGCACACACUUUAGAGACUAUUCCUGGGACUCUUCACCUCUGGGGAGGCGGAUAAACUGCCCUUUGCACAUUCAGCUUCCUGAACCCAAACUCUAACCUUUGGGUAAGGUAGUGGUGGGGAGAAGCUGAGGGCCAGAUGAGCUGCCAUGGAGGUUGGUGGCUAUGUAGCACUUGCCUUGGACCUUUGUCUCCCCCUCCCUUGCCUCUUCACAGGGACUCUUGGGAAGGUUAGCUUUUCUAAGCUACAACUUUCUCCCUGGAAACUUUUCUUUUUACUAUUUCUUCUUUCUGUGUUUGUUCCCUGCUUUAGGGAAACCAAGGUAAUCACUGACACCUGCUCCCUCAUAAGGAUACAGCCAGAAAACUGCUAUUUAAAAAUGCGUCCCUUAUAACUCUUUCAGUCACCAGCUUCUCCCUCGCUCACCUGUCCCUGAACAUCUGUCUACUGAGGCCAGAAACAACUUCCUGUCGGGAGCCUGGUGCUGGGUUCCAUGCUCUAGAGCAACAGCUCAACCCGGUCCCUCAGGCUGGAACUAGACUUUGAACUGAGCCUCUGUUUUAUUUUAUUUUAUUUUGUGGCUGGGGAUUGAACUCAGAGCUUCACGCAUGUUGGGCAAGUGCUCUACCACUGACCCCCAGCUCUCCUCCCUCUUUUUAUUUAGAGACAAGGUCUCAUGUAGGUGAUCAGGCUUGCUUUGAACUAUGUAGUCCAGGCAGGUCUUAAACUUAAACUCUUGCUUUAGGUUUCCAAGUAGAUUGGAUUACAGGCCUGAGCUACUAGGCCUAGCUGAGCUAAGCCUCCUAACCUGAAGACUCCUCAUGCUCUGAGGCCCAUGGCCUUCUCUAGACACUAUGACUUACCCCCUUCCUCCGACUCCUGGGGGAGCUGUGGCCUCAUUCCCCUGGCAGACUCCUGUCUUCUGUGCCUUUUCCAGCCCCAACCCCUUCACUAUUUUAUACCCCUUUGCGGUCAGAGCUUCAGAAUGCCUACAAAGGCUACAAGCUUCCCCUCCUGGGGUUGGCCCAGGACCCUUUCUUUUAUUUUUCCAAAUGGGAGAACAGGGAUUCUGAUUUCAAUGAUGGCUAGAAACAGAACUUUCCACUGAUGAGAGGACUGGGUGGAUUUUCUUUUUCUGAAUAAACAGUGAUGAGUGAGAACAACGUAAUUAAAGUGAUGAUGAAAUCUGUGCUGUGGCCCUAUCAUGC